UUUAAUCCUGUGUGGUUUGAUCAAUAUGAAAAUUGGUUAGAGUAUAGCAUAAAGGAAGACAAAGCAUAUUGUCUCUGUUGUUACUUGUUUAGGGAUCAUUUUGGAAAACAAGGUGGGAGUGAGGCGUUUGUAACGGAAGGGUUUUCUUCUUGGAAUAGAACAGAGAGACUAGUUGCCCAUGUUGGUGUAGUCAAUAGUGCUCACCAUAUAUCAUUGAAGAAAUGUGAAGAUCUAAUGAGACAAGAGCAAUCCAUUGUGACUGCUUUUCGUAAGCAAUCAGAAAUUUUGAGAAAUGAGUAUCGGAUUCGCCUAAAUACUUCUAUCAAUGCUUGUAGAUUUUUGUUGAGACAAGGGUUGCCAUUUCGUGGUCAUGAUGAGUCCGAUGACUCUACUAAUAGAGGAAAUUUUAUUGAAAUGAUGAAAUAUACUGCUGAACAGAAUGAAACUAUUAGUAAUGUUGUGCUGCGAAAUGCUCCACAAAAUCAACAAAUGAUUGCUCCUAAGAUUCAAAGAGACAUUGUUCAUUGUUUUGCACAUCAAGUAGUGCAAAUUAUCAUUCAAGAACUUAGGGAUGAUUUUUUUACAGUAUUAGUUGAUGAAUCUAGCGACGUGUCUAGAAAAGAACAAAUGGCUAUAGUUUUGUGUUUUGUAGAUGAACAUGGACUUGUUAAAGAGAGGUUUAUUGGUGUUAUUCAUGUUAUGGAGACUUCAGCUUUGUCCUUGAAAGUUGCCAUUGAUUCUUUAUUUGUUGAUCACGGGUUGAGUUUGACGAAAGUUAGGGGUCAAGGCUACGAUGGAGCAAGUAAUAUGAAAGGUGAAUUCAAUGGCUUGAAAAGCUUGAUUAUGAAUGAAAAUGAGUCUGUUUAUUAUGUUCAUUGUUUUGCACAUCAACUUCAAUUAGCUCUUGUGGCCGUUGCUAGAAAGUAUGUUGAUAUUGUGGAUUUUUUCAAUAUGAUAUCUACUUUGUUGAACGUUGUGGGAGCAUCGUGUAAGCGUCGAGACAUGAUUCGAUAAAGUCAAGCAGAACAAAUUGCACAAAAAAUUAGUGAUGGUGAGAUUGAAACCGAAAAGGGGUUGAAUCAAGAGUUAAGUCUCAAAAGAGCUGGGGACACACGUUGGGGGUCUCAUUACAAAUCAUUGUUGGACUUGGUUGCUUUAUUCUCUUAUGUUAUUGAAGUGCUAGAAAUUGUUUCAUGUGAUGCUACAGAUUCUACAAAAAAAAACUCAAGUUCAUUGGCUUUGCAAAGGAAAGAUAGAGACAUAUUGAAUGCUAUUGCACUUGUCAAAGUAGCCAAUAGGCAUUUGCAAAAUGUAAGGGACGAAGGAUGGGAAUCUUUCCUAGGUAAGAUUUAUCUUUUGGAGCUUAAUGACCUCUUCAAUGAGGUCAAUUCUGAGUUGCUUCUUUGCGUGGCUAGCUUGAAUCCUUGUGAUUUAUUUCAUGAUUUUGAUUCAGCAAAAUUGAUGAGAUUGGCUCAAUUUUAUCCCGAUGACUUUUCUCUUAUUGAUUGCAUGACUCUUGAGCAUCAAUUAGAAACAUAUAUUGUAGAUUUACGAACAGAUGAAAGAUUUAGUCAGUUAAAAGGGCUUGGUGAUCUUUCUAGACUACUAGUGUCUACAAGGAAGCAUAUUUCAUAUCCUUUAGUGUAUCGACUUCUGAAGUUAGCAUUGGUUUUGCCUAUAGCAACAGCAAGUGUUGAAAAAUGCUUUUCUGGAAUGAAUAUUGUCAAGACAGAUUUGCGCAACCGGAUCAGUGAUCAAUUUAUGAAUGACUGUCUAGUAUGUUAUAUAGAAAAGGAGUUGCUUGGAACUAUUACUAAUAAUGUUCUGACCCUACUUGAGGAUUUCACUUAUUUGAGUUCAACCGGAUCCUCCUUUAAUGCAAUUAGAACCCACAAUAUGUUUGCUUUGACAUCAUGCAAUGUUGCAGAAUCAAAUUUAACUAAUAAUGUCCUUUCAAACAGUGAUGUUUGCAAUAACCUGCGAACAGAAAUGCCUUCUGCCUUUUGCAUCAUUGUUGUCAGCGAUAGAAAAUGGAUUUCUUUUUAUGGUGAUGAAAGCUGUUUUUUGAACAGCGAGCUGAGAUGUGUGAAGGGACUUUUAUUAGCAUCUGAAUUCUGA